AUGUCUGUCACGUACCUCCGCGGUCGAGACGGACCCAGCUGCGGCCCACCCAACUCCAUGCCCGACUGGGCCGGACUGCCCGAGAUCCCCGCGAACCUCACCGUCGCCGCGACACCCGGCCGCUCGCCGCAGGACGUGCCGGCCUUCAACGCGACCUGCUGGCCGAGCGAGGUCCACGUCGCCCAGGGGUGCUACCUGUGGUGCGAGAUAGCGCAGCGGUACUACGUCGACGGCGACAAGAGCCCCGAGCACGCCAUCGACAACUUCAGGGCCACCUUUGGCGGCAGCCAGGCGGGUAUGAACCGCACCGAGCCCAGGAUCUCGGGGUACCGCGUCGCGGGCUCGGGUCGGGUCGAGGUGUCGGCUAAGAUGCUCGGGACGUGGCUCUUGGUCGUGUCUGGGUUCUUGAUGUACGCUGCUUAG